AUGGCCCCCUGCAUACACGCAUCUCCCCACUCGAUAUGGUUCAGCACGGCGGCAAAUCCUUCUGGCAAGCGAGCCAACGGUCCGCGGCAAAGACGGAAGCUCGUGUCUGGCCAUGUUGCACGAGCCUUUACGCGGGGUCCGAUCAUCUCUGGGAUCCUUUGGCCGAUCCGAGGUCUCGAGCUGAUAAUGUCAGACGCCGUGUACCCCCAACCUGGAGACAAUGCCCAGAGGGACACUCCUGUCGGCGGCUUGACAGACCGAAAUGGGACCCGGCUCGGAGAUGAUCUGGACGGCAGCUAUUGGUGGAUAAAGUCAGCUCAGUGUAAUCAUGCUGCUAUUUCCUACACGCGCGCCCACAGCUGA